AUGCGUCGGGUCGUAACAACUCGUUACUGGCUUCCCCCGCAGAUGGACGGCAGCGAGGUACUCACCGGUGGUGGAGGUGGUGGAGGUGGUGGAGGUGGCGGAGCUCGACCGUCAUCUCGCUCUUGGAGGGCUUGCGGCCGGGGCUGGGGUGGGGCGGGGCGGCGUCGGGGAUCUCGGGGCGCGGUUGAGCGGGCUGGUAGCCCGGCUGGUAGUCGGGCGACUCGGGCGGCGCGGCCUGCCGGCGGUCGGCGCGGGGGCGGGGGCGGGCUGCUGCUGCUCCUCCCCGGCAGCCCGCUCCGCGCGGGCGCCUUGGGACGGCUUCCGGGUGGGGCGGGCCCUCGGGGCGUCCACCCGGGACGGGCCUGGCGCUGGUCGCGCGUCGGGACUGCCGUCGCGCCGGCGGGCGCCGGACCGCUGCUGGUGGGCGUGGCCGCGACGGCUCCUCCGGGCUCUCCACUUGCCUGCGCACAGCGGUCAUUGUGGUUGAUUAGCGAUGCUGGACCUAUAAGUCGGCUGCGAGGAUUUCCCCAACAGGUAUCUCCCACGCGCAAUAGCGUAGGGUUUGUGUGUGUGUGGUGUGUGUGUGUGUGUAAGAGUGAUGAUAGGACAAGGAAGAGGAAGGAAAGAUGGCGUACGGUUCGUGGCUCAUUUGUUAGGGUUCUGCUCCAGCAUUGA